AUGGCGGGUACUCCCGAUGCCUCGAUGGAGGAAAUCCUUUGGCGGUCCCCGCCUCACGUCCAGAUGAUGGGAGGAUACCUCCACUCCAAUAACAUUCUUUUCUACUUUGCCGAGUCUCCAUUCUUUGACCCCACCUCAAAUAACGCCUCUCUUGCCAUCCAAGCCAAUUAUAAUGAAGCUUUCCGUCAUUUUGUCGAGACGCGCGAGGCAUUCGAAGGCCGUUUGAAGACCAUGCAGGGCCUGGAAUUUGUGGUUUCAUAUGAUCCGAUCCAGGCAGCGGCGCAACCUGACGGUCGCUUUGCACAUGAUCCUUCGAACAUUUGGGUGAUUCGCAAGCAAACCAGGUGCAAGCGGGCCGGCCAAGAAGAUGAGGUGGUGGUCCUCUCGACAUACUUCAUCGUUGGAGAUUGCAUUUACAUGGCCCCAUCGGUUGCGAGUGUAGUAGGGAACCGCAUCCUGUCCGCAGUCACGUCUCUUACCAGUCUGCUGAAGACGGCAUCUACACUACCAAGCUUCACACCGUCGCAUGGCCAUACUUAUCUGCCGCCAGCGCCCAAGCAUGCAGACACAAGCCAGCCCGGAACGCAGUCGCAGCAGAGCAAGGAGAACACGCCAUUGCCGGAAGACGCAGCUGGCAAAGCUUCGCUAGUCGGAUCGCAGGUGGUCAGCGCGGGUUCGAGCCUACAGGACACCCGGACACUCGCAGAGUCAUUCAGCCUACUCUCGCGGUAUGGUGACGAGUUCAUGGAUGAGCAUCCGUUGGUGGGAGAGCCCGGGUCGUUCAUCCUGUCCCGAGUCAACGAUACGGAUCGGACCUCGACGGCGAAGCAGGCAGCAAACGUGGGAACUGCAGCAGGAAAAGUUGGUACGCCGCAGGUCAAGGCCGAUACGCCGGGGAGAGCAUCCGAGAAAGGGGCGACGCUAUCGGGGACCGAUGAGAGCAAAAUGCGGAAGAAGAAAGCCAGGCUGGGAAGUUGA